AAAAUAUUCGCCUCAACUCAGAUAUAUAGUGCAUGCCCCCAAAGCCUAUUAUUUAGGAGAAAGAGAGGGAUGUAGGGGGAGGGAAAGUCGCUACGCGUUCCUUUCUAUUUAUUGUGGCUGAGCUUUUAUCUUGAAGGUUGAGUUUGGUGUCACAUUAAAAUUCUUCCGUGUGGUGUAGCGAGUUGCGUAUCACGGACCCAGCAGAGGGAUGUUGCGGCGUCCCAAGCCAACUGACUCAGAGGCAGACCUCCUAAGAGAGCAGGAGAAGUUUCUGACCUCUGGUGCCCCGUCUGCUGCCAAUGUGGUCCGCCGACCUGACAAGAGGAGAGGCGAGGCUGGCGGAGAAGAAGGAAGACAGAAGGAUGUUGUCACCAUAGAAGAUCUUCCAGACCAACUACCGUCUCUGACGCCAGCCCCUCCCAAGAAGUCUCGCUUUAAAGCUAGUCGUGUCACUUUCGAGGAUGAGGAUGCUGGGGAGAUACUGGACCGACAUGACACUCACGUCAGUGCUGUUCUCUCCAGGAUCGUUGAGAGAGAUACCAGCUCUACUCCGAUAUCUCUUCCAGCACUUACUGGCAUGGCUUUCCCCAAAGUAUUGCACCGCUCUGAAACCAGCAGUCAGGUGCCACUGUCUUCCGCGGGUGGAAAGAAGAGUAUCUUUGCACGUCAGAUUGCAGCUCAGAGACUUAAGGAGGGAAAGACACCUUCACAUUGUGCACCUAAAGCUGCCCAGACACCUGAACACAGAGAGCAGAACCUGCGUCCUGAGAACAGCAUGGAUACAGAUCAGUGUGGUGCUGCAGUUGAUCAGCUAACUGUAGGCUCAGGUCCCAGUCUGCUGUCUGGCCAGGGGCUUGGGGGCCCAGAUAGCUCAGGAGAGACCAUGAGGAUCCACAGGGAGAACCAGGUUAAGCUCCAGGCCAUGUCUCAGUCUGAGAUUCUGCAAGAGCAGAGGAAACUCUUAUCUCAGCUCGAUCCUAGACUGGUGGACUUUGUUAGAUCUCGCAAAGCCCAGAGAGUCCCAUCCUCUGCCUCCGUAUCCAAACAACCCCAGGGCAAAAGCAGCAAGGACAAUUUUCCUCUUGAAAAUGUGAGCAGAGAGUCAGACUCCUCUGCUGCUGCUGUGUUGUUUCAGAAACCCCAGGAAGUAGAAAUGGAAGGAGAGGAGGAACUGCCACCACAACCACCAGCUGCUGUGACAGAGGAGGAUCUGCUGCUGAAGCCUCAGAAGGAAUGGGUCCACAUGGAUAAGCUGGAGCCAGAGAAGCUGGAGUGGAUGAGAGACUUGCCUUCACCCAGAAGGAAAGGAACCAAGAAGGCCAUGCAGGCUCGGUUUGACUUUGCGGGGAGCUUGAUUCCACCCACUGAGGAUCUGCCCACCCAUUUAGGCCUGCACCAUCAUGGAGAAGAGCCUGAGCGGGCAGGUUACUCCCUGCAGGAACUCUUCCUGCUGUCUCGGAGUCAGCUCAUCCAGCAGAGAAGUCUGGCCCUCAGCACUCUGGCCAACAUCCUCUCAAAGGCACGUUCCGGAGAGUACCUGUCAGUUCUGCAAGGCAGCGUGGUGUCUACUCUGCUCGACGCCGGCCUGCUCUUCCUGCUCCGCUUUGCGUUGGAUGACGGUGUGGAGGGAGUGAUUACUGCAGCUGUACAUGCACUUAAAGCACUACUUGUUUGUCCAGAGGAUGAAGAGUGUUUGGACUGCACCUUCUCCUGGUUUCGCGGCCUAGCCUCCUUCCCUCUGCUGCCAUCUGCUCAGGAAGAGGAAGAAGAGGAGGAGGAAGGGCUGCCCGAAUGUAUGAAGGAGACGGCUAAGGAGAAGGAAGAGAGGAAGAGCGAUCAUGAUGUGGCCAGGCAGGAUGUUGUCAAGGGUCUGUUAAAGAUGAAACUGCUCCCCAGGCUGCGUUACAUCCUUGAGGUGGUCCGACCUUCUCCUCGAGUAGUCCAGAACGUCCUGCAGAUUCUGACUCGUAUUGCUAGGCACUCCUCCUCAUCUGCCACACAGGUGCUUGACUGUCCUCGCUUGAUGGAGAUGUUGGUGUCAGAGUUCCUUCCCAUUUCCUGGACAGCACCAUCUUCUCCCCUUCCUCAGUCUGUUUAUGGACUCCCACUGGCCAGUGCCAUGAAGCUGUUGAGAGUUUUGGCUACCUCUGGCAGACAUGCCUGUGCCAGACUGUUUAACUCUCUUGGAGUGAGGGAGCGUCUGCCUUGUCUGCUGAGUGCUGAGCCCAGUGAGCUGCUGCUGGAACCGGCCGAGGCCCUCAGGAUCACCACUGAGGCCUACAGGCUGUGGGCUGUGGCAGCUGGCUAUGGACAGGCCUGCAAAUUAUUCAUAGACCUGUAUCCAGGCUUAGCGAAGGCUCUACAGUCAGUUCACAGAGUCCUGGUCCCCUCAGAUCCUCUGUUGCAUCUGCAGCUCCAGCGGGUCCUGGCUCUACUUUCUCUGCUCACACAGGUCACACACACUGCUGGUUGCCACCAGGAGUUACAGGCCGGCAUGGUCAGCUCUCAGGGAGAAGAGUGCCCUCCUCCCCCUCCAGUGUCAUGGGGUCAUGUCUCAGGGUUGCAGGCAUCCUUGUUGGGACAUUUGAAGGGCUUUGUAAAGAGCCUUGAUCAUCCAGUUCAGAAAGACAGCAGCGUGGCUGUGAUACCAGCUUACCUGGCCUACCUAGAAGCUUACUACCAUCAGCUCUCCAGACAGAACUGUUUUAAACCAGUAGAGACCCUUCAAGAACUGGAGCAGCUGACCUCUGAGGUUGUCCUCCCGCUGCUGUCCCACCAUGUUGUUCAAGGCCUGAUAAAGAACCUGAAGCCUUCCUCAGUGGUCUGUAAUGUCCAGUCCAGUCAUCAGGGCCCAGAGACUUCUCCCAGCCUCCCUGGUUUGGCCUGCCCAGGAUGGAGGGACCGCCCGGGGCUGGUUGUUCCCAGCUCCCCCUUCCCUCUUCUCACAGGCCUGGGGCUCCUCCUGGAAACGAUCACAGGCAUCCACAAAGGCCUCAGCUGCAAGUUCACUGGUCUCCUACUGUCAGAACCUGUGAUUGGUUACUUGCGAAGUUGCAGUCAGGCUACACCCACCCUGUCUCACACCAGAGCCUGGCUUCUCCGUCAUGAACACCACCUCCUCUACCUGCUGCUCCGGCUGGCACACAGACUGGUUCCAAUUGAGCCCGACGUAGCCAAGCAUGCCUCACUGUACCACCAGGUGGCGCUGGUUCUGCUGCCAUGGUUAUUACCAGGCAGCGAAUACCUGGGACAUGAACUGUUGUCCACCAUCAUCUUCAGCAAGGACUUUAUAUCAGAGGGCCACAGCGGGGGACCUGAGGCCGUAGAGCUGGGAGAGCUGAAACUCCAAGAGGAAACACAACACCGCACCUCUCCCUCUCUGCACACUGUCGGAGCUCUGCUGAGAGAAGCCUGCGUCCAGUUGCCAUCCAUACGAGGCUGCUUCCUCACUCAACUGGCCCAUCUGGAGCCAUCCGUACUGACGUCCCGAGACGCUCUCCUUGGCCGCAACCCCUGGAUCAGCUCCCAUCUCCUCCCAGAGCUCACAGGUCCCACCGUUCCAUCUGAUUGGCCUUUUCUCCCACUCGUCAGCCUGUAUGAGCGGACUGGCGUGUCCGAUGGUGGAGGGUUAGCGGUGGAAGAACUCCCACAGGGGGCGCUGCAGGCAGUGACCCACUGUCUGCAGUGGCUGCUGCUGCUGGAGGUCUGGAGGGAGGAAGCACUAAAGGUGAUCCUUCCUGUCGCCAAGCUCGCCCGCCUGUCCUGUGUGUUCCUGUGUUCCAGUGACUUGUUCCUGGAGAGGCCUGUUCAGAAACUGACCUGGGGUCUGUUCAGACUGCUGACCAGGCAAUCCAGGCUGGACUCUUUGGACCUGAACGUGCCUCCUCCGGGUCUGGCCUCCUUCCAGGACUUGUACUUUGCUCUUUUGACCCAGUACGAAGCUGUGUCCUUUGGAGACCGGCUCUUUGGCUGCUGGGUCCUCUUACCCCUGCAGAGGAGGUACAGCGCCAGCAUGAGGCUUGCUGUGUUUGGAGAGCAUGUGGGUAUGUUGAGGUCACUGGGAGUCACUCUGGAACAGCUCUCCAUUCCUAUCGAGCGGUUCACUUGCCCCCCUGAAGACUCCCUCCCUCUCCUUCGUCUCUACUUCCGCUCUUUGGUAACGGGGACCCUGAAACCCCGCUGGUGCCCUCUCUUAUAUGUGGUUACUUUGUCUCACGUCAACUCCUUCAUCUUCUCUCAGGACGCUGCAGCACAGGAGGUUGAAGCAGCUCGACACAGUAUGCUGAGGAAAAUCUACUACCUGACUGAUGAGGUGUUGAGGAACCACUUGCUGCUCUUCCGUCUGCCACAAAAGCACUCAGAGUUUGGCUUCGAUACGUACAAACAGUUGCCUCCCAUUAGGGAGAAACGUUUGGAGAGCGUCCUGAGACGGCAGGACAGCAGUGAUGACAAAGGAGACUGAAGGCAGCAGGGAAUGGAAAAAUUAAAAGUAGAAAGCCAAAAACGGAAGAUCCAGAGGAGGGGACAGUAUGGAGCAAAUGGAAGGAGAGACUAGAACACGAGAAGAAGAUGCUGAGAAAGAAAAGAGACAAAGUAAGACAUUAAUUUCAACUACUAAAGGUUUCACAUUAAGAUUGGCCUUGGAACCAGAGCCAACGUGGUCACAAGAACAUUUUCUGUUGCCUCUUUCCUUAAAGGAACCCUAACCUGAGGUAGAUUUGGCCAGCCCUCAAUGAAGUACCAAUUGCAAAUAAUUUAUCACUUAUUUGAACCAGCUUCGAGCAUAAUACAGGUAUAUUUUUCAUUAUAAGACUAUAUUUUACCGACAGUCAGUGGAAAUAGUCGGUUUAAUGUAAGUUUUGGUUUUCUGAGGUUACUUGAACCUGUCUGAACUGAAACACAACUAAUCAGAUCAACCCAAAGGAUAAAUACAAAUGCUAAAAAUGAAAUGUAGAUGCAGCGGGACACAGGUCCCAUUAACCUUUUCUAGAAGCAAACAGUCUUUCCACACCAGUACUGUGCUAGUUGGUGUGUGUCUGAUGGGCUUGAAAAAGAGACCACGUAAUUUUUUUGGCAUCUCGGAGUAAAGACAAAUGUACUACUUUACAAGUGCCUGGAAUUGUCUUUUUUCUGUGAAUAAAACACGAUUUCAAGUUUGUGUAACUUUAA